CCUUGCGAAGGAGUCCGUCAUUCGGUGGAGACCCAGAGAAUCAGUUUUACACAAAAGGACGCCCAAACGGAGUGUAGCUCUCGCAAACAUGGAGCUAAGAACCGUUGUCCUCUUUGCCCUGGUGGCCGGAGGCUUCUCCGUGCCCCUCUCGUCCGUCACAGAUGACCAGUGUUCCAGACACUGUACAGAAAGCAACGUUCUCGACUACAGAAUAGGCCGCACCUACAGGUACAGAUAUGACGCAAAGACAACGACACAGCUGGUCGGAAGCAGUGACGACACUUCCGGUUUGGAAAUCGCGGCCACAGUUGACCUGGAAGUGCUCUCAAAGUGCGAGCUCGUCCUCAGGCUGAGUGACGUGGAUCUGAAGGAAGCUUCUCGCCAGGCUCUCAUGGUGACGUCCUCCAACAAGCGGGAGUUCCAGAGAGCGCUGGAGAGACAUCCUCUCCGCUUCUCCUUCCAGGAUGGAGUUAUCCCCGAGAUCUGCCCGUCUGCUGAAGAGGAGACCUGGGUGGUCAACAUCAAGCGUGGUAUCCUGUCCGCUCUCCAGAACUCUUACCUUAGCCAGAGGCGUACCGACAUGGAGGAGACCGACGUUACCGGUGCCUGCGAUGUUGAGUACGAGGCUGUUGACGAGCGCGGUCUCACCACGCAGUACAAGCGCACCAAGACUUUCCAGCGCUGCUCCGACCGCCGCCUCGGCAGCGAGACCGGCAUCCAGGCUAACUUCUACAACAAGCAGUCCGACCGCCCCCACAUUUUGGACAGCAACCAGGAAUGCACACACACUAUCGACAGCAACAGCGUGAUCGAGUCCGUGACGUGUACCGAGCGUCAUCUGCUCAGGCCCUUCUCUCACGGGGAGAACGGCGCCACCGUGCGAAGCACACAGACACUGCAGCUGACCCCGCAGAGGCCGCGCACCAAGUCUUCUCUCCUGUCUGGUCUAGGCUUCAGCCGCUCCGACCUUCGGUUCGAGCACGACUCGCGCGACUCCCAGUCGGCCGCCGGGCGCGUGGAGCAGACCCUUCGGGACCUGUGCGCCCAGACCGCCGAGGACGUGCGCCCCGAGACCCCGGCCCUGUUCAGCCGCCUGGUGUACCAGAUGCGCGCCAUGAACGUGCAGGAGAUGCGCUCCGCCGUCGCCAGGGCAGAGGGCAUCUGCAACAGCGACCCGCAGAAGAUGAAGAAGUUCGCCCUGGACGCCAUCCCGCUGGUGCAUAACGAGGCGUCCGCGCGCCUUGUGAAGGAGUACAUCAUGAAGGGCGAGGUGACCGGAGAGCAGGCCGACGCCUGGCUCGCCGCUCAGGUCUUCGCCAAGAACCCCACCCCGCAGAUGAUCGCGGAACUGCAGCCCCUGUGUGAGGGUCGUGAGGUCCGCCGCUCCGCCUUCCUGUCUCUCUCCGCCCUCAUCCACAAGUACUGCCAGGCCGAGUCCGACUGCGCCCAGCGGCCCGAGAUCCGCAACGCUCUGGCCGUCUUCCAGAGGAACCUGGGGGAGAAGUGCCACUCUUUCUCUGACAAGGAGGAGGAGAAGAUGAUGAUGUCCCUGAAGGCCAUCGGUAACGCCGGGCAGGCCGUGUCCGCUGCCCCCACACUGUCCCAGUGCGUCCUGACCGAGGCUAACCCCGUCACCGUCCGCCGCGCUGCCAUGGAGGCCUUCCGCCGCCUGCCCUGCUCCGUCCCCCGCACCGCCCUGACGAACACGUUCCUGAACCGUGAGGAGGACAGCGAGGUCCGCAUCGCCGCCUACAUCCAGGCCGCGCUCUGCCCCUCCCACGACUUCUUCAAGAUCGUCAAGCGCGCCAUGGACUCCGAGGACUCUUCUCAGGUUGGCUCCUACGUGUGGUCCGACCUGCAGCAGGUGCUGAAGCGCGAUGACGAGUGGCGCAGCACAGUGUCCGACAUCCUACGUAACCGCGAGCUGGAGAAGAAGUUCACCGGAGACAAGAGGAAGUUCUCCUCCGCCUGGACUGGAUCCGUCUUCUCCGACCGCUGGAACCUGGGAGGCGAGGCCCAGACCGGCGUGAUCUUCUCCGACACCUCCUUCCUUCCCCGCAGCGCCCACCUUAACCUCACCAUGAUGGUCUUCGGCGCAGAGAUGAACAUGCUCGAGGUGGGCGGCCGUAUCGAGGGCCUGAGCUACCUGGCCGAGUCUUUCUUCGGCCACCAAGGCUACUUCCCCGAGAACAACGUCCUGAACCUGCUGAAGACGAAGGAGAAGCGCUCCGUCCUGAAGGAGAACAAGCUGGAGGAGGUCCACCGCAAGUUCAACGCCAAGCAGGAGAACCGUCCGGAGGGGUCCUACUACGUGCGCAUGUACGGAGACGAGAUGCUGUACGGCGACUUCAAGGGUCUGGACAUCCGGGCUCAGCAGCAGGGCUGGAACGUCAUGGAGAUCAUGAUGAAACUCGCCAGGCAGCAGGACUACGAGAUUACCAAGAGCACGAUGUUCCUGGACUCCACGCACACCGUCCCCACCAGCACGGGUCUGCCUCUGCGUCUCGCCAUCAACGGAACCGCCACCACCAACGUCAAGGUUUCCGGCAAGAUGGACGUGCGCAACAUGGGCUUCAGCCCACGCAGCAUGCACAUCGAGGGACAGGUCAUGCCCAGUGCUGCCGUUGAGAUCGCCAGUGAGAUGGGGAUCGACGCUCACGUCGCCCGCUGCGGGAUGAAGAUGGUGACCACCCUCCACUCCUCCACCUUCGCCGACGGAAAGAUCAUCCUGAAGAAGGGCAGUGACCUGGAGGUCAAACUCAACAUGCCGCGCGACAAGAUGGAGAUCGUCAACGUCCAGUCCAAGGUGUUCCUGAUAAACCAGGACCAGGAGUACGAAGUUCGCGGUGUGGAGGCCGGCCGUGUGGACGAGAGCGCCUGCACCGGCACCUGGGGCAUCGAGACCUUCGGCCUGCAGAUGUGCGGAGAGGUCCAGUACCCCAACCCAAGACUUGAUGACCAGACCCCCUACAUGCCCCUGACUGGCCCCAUGAGUGCUUCUGUCACCCUGAACAAGGCUGACGCUGGUCUGGACUCUUACGUCAUGGAGGCUCGCUACAACAUCAAGCCGUCUCGUGUGAAUGGUAAGAAGGAGAACACCUACUCCGUCCACUUCCUGCUGGACACGCCCGGGUCCCGCAUCGACCGUAAGAUGGAGCUCAACGCCGGCCUGAACAUCGCUGGGAAGGCUGUGGAGAUGUCCAUGCAGCACCCCAAGAAAUCUCUCACAUUCAACGGAAACUACAACGACCAGGCUGAGACCAAGUCUGUGAACCUUGACCUGACGAUUGACCAGAAGGACCAGUACAGCCUGAAGGGAGAGAUGAUGGUCGAAGAGCUCCAGGGCAGCUGGCGCUACAUGCCCAGUCUCGAGAUUAAGGUUCCACAGAUGAAGACCAUCACGGCUAACGGCGUUGUGGGCUGGGAGCAGGACAGGAAGGCUGAGCUCACCCUCACCCUCCAGGGCAUCAAGUCGGACGACAUUGUCCUCUCCACCUCCAUGGAGGCAACCACCAAGGCUGACAAGAAGUCCUACUCUCUCGACAUGCAGAUGAAGUACCCUGAGAUCAUCGAUGCUUCCCUGGACGCCGAGAUUGAGGGCAAGGACAACGUCUUCACUCACGUCUUCAAGGUCGAGUACUCGCUCUUCGACCAGAAGAAGGAGACCAUUGAGAUGAACCAGAGGCUGCGCAACCUGAGCCCCGAGUCCCUUACCAACAGGAAGUAUGUCGGCUCUCACGACUUCAAGUUCUCUUGCUUCCCUGACUUCAACCACAAGAUCUCCCUCAACCACGAGAACACGCAGACGGUUUACAAGUCCGGGCUGCAGCUGGACUACGGAAAGGCCGCCUUCCGCGACAACAACCUCAAGCGUGUCAUCCUCUCCAGCGAAGCCACCGACGGAUCUGACAGGUCCCAGUACAUGUAUGACUGUGAGCUGAAGGUGCAGCACCCAGAACAGGAGAUUGACGCUGAGCUCAGCUUCCACCACCAGCACAGCACUGGCCUCAUCAAGGACCUCAACACCAGGCUGUCUGUCACUUACGACAAGGAAAAGGAGCCAGUUCUUGUCCAGAUCAGCUACAAGAAUGAGACAGAGAACAACAACGGUCUGAUGAAGAUGGGAGGAGGCCUGACCCUCUUCACCCCCAUGACCCGCAUGCGCUUCGCUGAGGACAUUGAGGAGACCUCCUCCAUGGAGUACAAGGCCGUCAGCACCAUCCAGCUCGAACAGGGUGCGCAGUGGCAGGUUGACAAGACCCUGAAGUGGCACGAGGACCAGAAGGACGGCAGCAUCCGCGUUUUCGUCCCGAACAGCGAGGAGCAGACUCUCUUCCGCGCCGCCGCGAACUUCGACCAGAAGCGCGCCGGCUUCACCGUCCACGGGGAGAUGGAGACCAUCCAGACACAGCUGUCCUCUGUUGACCUCGUGUACAACAACGUUCAGGACAAGUACGAGACCAACCUGCACCUUAAGGUCCCCCAGAUGGAGAUCAAGAACGACUUCGUCCUGGACAACGCUGAGAUGAAGAAGUCUGUCUCCAUGGAUACCCAGUGGACCAACCCCCAGCAGAGGAAGCAAUGGCUCGGCGUGGAGGUCCACGGCUCCGUGGACAACCGUGACUCUGGCCGUGAGCAGCGUCGUGUUGUGAACCUCGGCGCGGCCCAGAAGAUCGGCAGCCAAACCAGGCAGAUGGACGUCAAUGCUGACGUGUUCAUGACUCCCUACAAGGUCUACGGCGGAGAGGUUUCCUUUGAGCACAAGGGCACUGACAGGACCAACAAGCUGUACAAGACCGUGGUGAACUCCCGCCUGAGCAUCCCCGAGCGCAAAAUGGACCUGACCGUGGAGCAGCCUUACGACUGCGACAUCUGUGAAGGGCUCAAGAUGCCCAAGAAGGUCUCUGUUACCGGCCUGAGCCAGGACAAGGGCGUGGGCAAGCUCCACUUUAAGAUGGACGGCAAGGUUGACGAGACCCAGCCCAUCACCCUGGAGUUCAACUGGGGGCUCGAGGUCCUGAACAAGUACCGUGGAGACAUGCAGAGUGACGUUUCCCUCGAGUUCCGCCACGGCCUGAGGCUUCCUGAGUACAUGUCCCUCCCCAGGCAGAUGAGUCUGACUGGAAUGGGCAAGCUCGAGGGCCCAGGAGUCAACUCCAAGCUUGAGUUCACGAUGAAUGAAAACCAGAAGAUGACCGUUGAGCAGGAGUACAAGACCCACCGCCACCACACCGGCUUCGUGCGGCGUGAGAUGACCCUCACCGGUACCCACAGCAUCCCAGACUUCCCUCUCCCCUCCUCCAGCAAGGUCUACGUCAAGGUGGACCCCAAGAGUAACGAAGACGUUGCUAUCAAGACGGAGGUGACCUACGGAUCGUCUGAUGCCUCCAUGGACGUUACUUACAAGGGCAAGAACCAGCGUGACUGGACACACGAUGUCACCAUCCUGACUGCCCACUCCUUCGAUGUGGAGGUGCCCCGUGACAUGAAGGUAGACCUGCACGUAGAGAGGAAGGGCCUGAGUGGGGAAGGAAAGCUGGAGUUCUCCUCCAAGACAAAGCGCUGGACCGCCUCCCUCGAGGGGAAGAGCGAGAACACCGUCUCCGAGGACGGGAGCUUCGACGUCGGGAUGGACCUCACCUUCCAGCACGCCAUUCCUGAGAUGAUGGAGGUUGGAGUGCCAGCAAAGAUCGAGCUCAACAACAGGAAUGAGCUGAAGUGGGGAAGCAACGUCGAGUAUGAGACAACCCUGGACCUGAAGUACAGCGGGAAGUUCUUCAAGCAGCAGAUCACCUACAGCGGACCCAACACCUACGAGGGGCGCCACGAGCUGCACUGCGUCUACACUCACCUCAUCGAGGUUGCGCCGAAGGAGUACCGUAUGGACGCCAUCAUCGAGCGCAUCGACGACCUGAACUACAGCGAAGACAUCAGCAUGACCUGGGACGGGCGCAAGCAGUACCACCUGGUCCGUAACAUGAAGCACACUGUGGAGAAUGGCAACGACGUCUACACUUUCACCGAGAGCGUUGACCAGGCGUACAACCUGUACAUGCCCCACCACGACUCCAAGACUCGCCUGGUCCUGGACAGGGACUUCUUCCCCCAGGAGCUGUCCUUUGACUUCAACUACAUCAACGAGGAGGCUAGCGAGAAGAAGAUGAACACCAAGAUCACGUACGAGGGUCCACUUCCCAACGCCUUCCAGGGUCACCACGAGCUGCACUUCACCAUGAACCACCCAUGGGACAUCGCAAUCCCUAAGGUUUCCUCUGUGGACUGGACCAUCGACAGCAAUGAAGAGAGGCUUUACGACAGCCGCUACACGAUGCGCUGGGAUGGAGAACAGAUGAUCCUGAACAAGCUCGUCCGCAAGACCCUGACCGGCAAGCACGAGGUGUACGCCGUCUCCUACGACAUGCAGCAGCCCUUCGACUUCAUGGCCAAGAACAGCGAGGGAACCGUGCUGGUCCAGCUGGACAAGGUCACGCUGUUCCCAUCCAAGGUCACCACCGAGCUCAAGGGCGAGGGAAAGACCUACAUCGACAUGCAGACCACCUACGACGGACCCCUUCCCAUGAACACUGAAGGCCACCACGAGCUCCGCUUCACGCUGACCCACGUGUUUGACCUUCCCCUGCCCAAGGACAUUGGACUGGACUGGAUCGCAGACAGCAGCAAGUCGGCUCCCUAUGACAGCACCUUCACCAUCAGGUGGGAAGGCAAGAGGCAGGUCCACAUGAUCAAGUCCUUCAAGAUCAUCACCGAGGGAAAGAACAAGGUCUACACCGGGCGUGUCACUCUGGACCAGCCUUUUGAUUUCAUGCCCAGCCGCAUCGAGACCUCUGGACGCGUCGGAAUAGACGCAUUGACCUACAUCACCCGUGAGAUGAGCAUGGACCUCACUGUCGGCCAGAAGGUGUUUGACUUUGAGAUGAAGAUCCAACCCAGCUCCAACCCGACCUCCGGUAAGCUGACCGUCGGCCUGACCCAGUUUUUCAUCCCCGGUCUUCCCACCGAGAACCAGAUCGAGCUGUCGCAGGAGGUCAACAGGGUCGGCACUACUCAGUCCAUCAAGGUCACCUGCGACAAGACCAAGAGGUUCGAGGUGACUCGCGAGUUGGAGAGGACUUCCUCUGGCUACACCCACACCAUCAAGGCCAACCUUCCUGCUAUCACACUCGACAAGUACGGCCGGCAGCAGAUCUCCUUCGACAUUGAACACGAGGACAAGAUGCAGGACGGAGAGAGGAGCCUGAAGGGAUCUCUUGCCUUCCGCCACCCGUUCACCACCUACCUGCCGUACCGCGACAUGGAGUUCUCUUACGACACCAAGCAGACCUACCGCACCGUGCAGGGAACCUUCAACACCAAGUGGGACAACAAGGAUGCCGUCACGCUGGAGGUGAAGUUCAACAACAAGACCCUGGGCAGCACCUACCGCUACGACUCCUCCUACACCGUGACUCAGGUCUUCAUCCAGCCCAACAAGCUGCAGUUCUCUGACAACUACCAGAUGGACAUGCAGAACGACCAGAUGAAGAACAUGGACUACAAGUGGACCACCGUCUGGGAUGACACCAACAAGGUUACCGGCGGUUACGGGUACGUGGACCAGUCGGACCGUUCCAUGAACAAGCACUGGUUCUACAACAACCUGGAACACAACCUGGAGUACUCCCCCAAGAAGAUGACCGUUCAGGGACACGUCGAGUACGAGAAGAAGGGACAGCCCAAGAGGGGGUCCAAGCUUGACCUGGAGUGGGACGGAGAGAAGAUGUCCGCUCAGGCCUCCUACCGUGACAGGAGCAACAACCGCCAGCAGGACCACGAGCUGGUCAUGAAGCUGCAGCAUCCCUUCGAGCAACCCUUUGUCUGCUACGGACAGAUCAGCCGCGACAUUGAGCUUACUCAGCAGCUGAAGUGGCGCCGCGACUCCGUGGAACACUACACCGGAGUGGAGUUCAAGGACAAGGUCCCCCGUCAGGUGUACAGCCUUGAGGGAGAGCACUCCAUGGGCAGCCGUAAGGGCGAGGUGAUGAGCUCCCAGCUGAAGUACCGCUACGACCCCAACCCCAGGAAUGAACUCAUCCUCGCCUCAUACAUCAGGAACGAGAACACCAACAGGGACACCAUGAAGCAGAAGCUUGGCUUUGCCGUGCGCCACAUUGACCAGCCUGUGGUCAGUCUGGACUCCACCGUCACCAUGGCACCCCGUAAGACCGACGUGGCCAUGGACAUGAGGCUGAACAAGGAUCCCUGGACCAUGAACUUCCACCUCGACCACGAUGCCAACCUGUUCGAGGCCAAGUUUGACUCCCCCGUGCUGGGCCGUGGCUACACCUUUGAGCUGCAGAAGGAGGAGGACCGCCAGUCCCAGACUUACUUCAUGCGCGGCUCCAGCAGUCUGGGAGACGCUCUGUUCUUCAAGAUCCAGGCCUUCCCCGAGCAGAAGAAGAUCGUGUUCAGGCACGGACACUCUGUCGAUUCCAAGGACGAGUCCCUGGACAUCGUGAUGAAGUACGUGAACGAGACCGCCGUUUCCAUGGAGAUUUAUGAAACCGAGGGCGAGCAGCGGGCCCAGACCUUCAGCGAGGUCGUUCUGCGCCUGGUCACCCCCGAGAUCCUGGCCAGCAAGAUCUACUACAACCCCAGGACUCCUGAGAUUGUUGAGGACCGUCUGAACAACCUGAUUGCCAGGUUCAUGCAGCACCACUUCACCGUGGCUGAUAACUUCAGGAAGGCCUUCGACAAGGAGACGCGCGAGUGGAUGUCCAGCGCCAGCAGCUACGGAUGCACAGGCACAUACUUCCAGCUGUUCAUCCAGAAGCUUCGCCCGGCCGUUCUCGGUGACCGUAAGUCUGUUGCCACGCCGACCCUGGAUCAGCUGAGGCGUGAGUACGGGCUGUCUGGCAUCUCUCAGCGUGUCAUGGGCGCCCUGAACACCGCAGCCGAUACCGUCAGGCAGACAUACAGGAGCACUAUGGAGAAGAUCAUGAAGCCUGUUGAGGACCUGAAGACCUAUUUUGAGGAGACCGUGCUGAACGACCUUUACCAGAAGUGGGACGGUAAGAUGGAGGACAUGUCCUACAGCCUGCGCUCCAAACUCACCGACAGCCAGCGCGAAAUGCUGGACAGGAACGAGGUUCAGAAGUCCAUCUACGUCAUGAAGAACAUCGCUAAGGAGGUGGGUACUGAGGUGAUGUGCCAGAUGAGGAAGAACAUGCAGAGGUCCAUGGGAGUCGUCCCUCUGCCCAUGAUGAGGACCAAGAUCCACCAGCUGAACCUGGUCCAGGGCCGCAUCGCUGCUGACCUGCACCUGCCCUUCAAGUGGCACAGCUUCGAGUCAAUGCCCCAGCCGUACGCCCAGAUGGUGGACAUGUGGGAGAACCAGAUCAAGCCCAUGGCUAACUACUCUGUCUGGGACACCAUCUACCGCUACAAGCCUACCUCCUACAGCAUGGUGCCUCCUUUCAUGGCUGAUGCCCUGAUCUCUGGCAAGCAGCACUUCCUCACCUUUGACAAGAAGCACUUUGAGUUUGGCGGAGACUGCAGCUACGUUCUGGCACGGGACAUGAUCGACGGAAACUUCAGCGUCGUGCUGAACUACCACUCCGGCUCCGAGCUGCAGAAGAAAUCCCUCGUCGUUAUCAUCGAUGAGAAGACCUACGAGAUCUUCCCAACCGGCGUGAUGAAGCGUGAGAACCAGGACACGGAGCUUCCCCUGCAGGACAAGAACACCGUCAUCCGCCGCGAGGGCGAGCGCGUCGUCGUCUCCAACUCCAACGGAGUGGCCGUGACCUGCGACCUGACCCACGACCUCUGCAACGUGCAGGUGUCUGGCUGGUACUUCGGGAAGACCGCCGGUCUGUUCGGCAUCUACAACAACGAGAAGAACGAUGAGUUCACCAGCUCCGACGGCACCAAGACUCAGGACCUCCUGCAGUUCACCAGCAGCUGGGACGUUAGCAAGAGCUGCCGCAGGAACCGUAACAAGGCUCGUACCUGCAGCCCCGGCCCACAGGACAGCAGGGCUGAGCAGGUGUGCAGGCAGAUGUUCAAGGACCAGAGCUCCCCGCUCAGGAGAUGCUUCAACAUCGUUGAUGUGACUCCGUUCCACGACAUGUGUAAGUCUGACGUCUGUGAGAACCAGAACUCCGUGAACCCGUCCACCCUGCCGUGUAACGUCACCGCUGCCUACAUCGAGCAGUGCCGUAAGGCUGGCGUGCCACUCAACAUGCCCAAGAUGUGCGUGACCUGCCAGAACCCUGACGGCUCCGUGUUCCACGAGGGUGAGCAGAGCCGCAUCACCGACACGCGCAAGGUCAACACGGCCGACAUCGUUGUCGUGGUGGAGGAGAAGACCUGCAACCGGCGCAGGGCCCCGCAGCUCACUGACCUGGUGCAGUACCUGGAUACUCAGCUGCAGCGCAAGGGAAUGAAGGACAACCGCUUUGCCCUGGUUGGCUAUGGCGGUGAGGGCGUCCACGACGAAUCUCACACCCACACCAUCUCCGGACAGCUGUUCCACGACGCCCGCCAGUUCGUCCUCGGAGUGGAGAAGCUGGAGUUUGGGGAGGGAACCAACAACGACGCCUUCACGUCGCUGCGCAUGGCCGCCGACUAUCCGUUCCGCACCGGCGCCGCCAAGUCCAUCGUCAUCCUGUCCUGCUCCGAGGAGUGCCAGGAGUCUCAGGGUGACUACAAGCAGAUCUCUUCCAUGCUGAAGGAGCGUGACAUCACCGUGCACCUGCUGAAGGACCACCGCUUCCGCCUCAGGAAGACCAAGGACAUCGACAGGGUCACCAUCUACGGUCUGGACCGUCGUGAGGUGUUCACCAGUAAGGACGUGAGCCGCGACUUUGACAAGUCCAGUCUGCUGCAGUACGUCAAGGCUCCCAAGGACAUGUGCUCCGCUCUGGCGCUCGAGACUGAGGGCUGCAUCUUUGACUCCAACUCCAUCAACAACAAGGAGUUCCUGGAUGUGUACAGCCGGCGCGUGUCCGGCUCCGUGCGCCCCGCACCCUGCCAGGUGUGCGACUGUGUGCAGGACACUUGGGGCGCCCCCAGGUCCGUCUGCAGGAAGUGCGACGAGGCCUUCAGCGUCGACAUCCCCAUCUUCUCCUUCGAUGAGUCCUCCAAGCAGAGCAGCCCCAUCAGGAGCAAGUGGUGGCCUCUCUUCUAAACGCUUUCCAACAAAAACCGCUUCCUUAUAGACAUGUUCUGAUGUAGACACAUACUUUUUGCAAUUAUAUAUAAAGGAAAAAAAUAAGCAUAAACUCUUGAGGUGUAAAAGAUUUCGUACUACACAGUUGUGUUGAGUGUUAUUAAAACGUUGUUGAGUUUUCAUAUUGUGAUUAAAGUGUUGAUUUACAAGCAAAUUAA